AGAGAGCAGACUGCCAGAGUCUUGUGCUGUCAUACUCUUCCUUUUCCCCUGCUUUUCCUCUGUAUAUUUAAACAUUUAAACAUUUCCUUGUAAUGGACAUUUUUUCCUUGGAGCUGUUUGUGGCGGUGCUCAAAUGAGGACAAGGCACAUCCCUAGGUCUCUUGGGUGACUGGAGCUCUGGAUUUGUUCAUUCUUUGUAGCAUCCGGAAUGCAGCAUGUGCAUUGCAUUCCUCUCUCUGCAUGUGGUUUCUUUACCUGAGCCACGCGCCUUUGAAAUGGAGCCAUGAGAUAUCAUUGAAAGUGAAACAGGGGAAACAGCAUGGCAACCUGCUCAGACCAGACCACUGGUGAAAUCUUCUGAGGAUUCUCUGAGCAAAUUAACAACCAGCCUCUCUCCUCCGCCUCCAUCCGACAUGGAAAUGGACCUUGGUUCUUCUCCCUAAUGGACAGACUGAAACAAACCAUGGAAUUUAAGAGAAAUCUCUGGACUGGUCUGAUCUACACCUAGUACUGUCUUACUAUUGAGACAUUGUUGUGGCCUCUGGGUACACUGUGUGCCUAAGGUACAGUGGAGGACUUAGAGAAGCAUACGUUCUCUACCAUGAGAAUUCCUGCUACCACUGCCUGCCUCUGCCCUUUGCUGAUCUGCCUGUGCUUUGUCCAGAGGAGCUAUGGGACAUCCCAGCUCAGGCCAAACGUCAGAGCACCCAGUAACCAAACCAAACACCCAGACGGAGAGAGAGACGUGCACCACCGGCCCAAGAGGGGCUGGAUAUGGAACCAGUUCUUCGUUUUAGAGGAACAUAUUGGACCUGAAGCUCAGCAUGUUGGAAAGCUGCACUCCAACUCAGACAAAGGAGACGGCUCCGUCAGAUACUUGCUGACAGGAGAGGGCGCUGGCACUAUAUUCGUCAUCAACGAGGUCACAGGGGACAUCCAUGCCAGCAAGAGCCUGGACCGGGAGAAGAAGGGCCAGUAUGUCUUACAUGCCCAGGCCAUCGAUCGUUACACCAAUAGAUCUGUAGAGCCUGAGUCCGAAUUCAUAAUCAAGGUCCAGGAUGUCAACGACAACGCACCCAAGUUUCCAGAUGGCCCAUUUGCUGCUGCUGUUCCCGAGAUGGCCGAUGUUGGCACAUCAGUGUUUCAGCUCACAGCCACAGACGCAGACGACCCCACCUAUGGGAACAGUGCCAAGAUUGUGUAUAGCAUACUACAGGGACAGCCUUACUUCUCUGUAGAUCCAAAAACCGGUGUCAUCAGGACAGCCCUAUCCAACAUGGACAGAGAGGCCAGGGAGCGCUACUCUGUGGUGGUCCAAGCCAAAGACAUGGCCGGCUCGGUGGGUGGGUUGUCAGGCUCCACCACUGUCAAUGUCACACUGACAGACGUCAAUGACAAUCCUCCCAAAUUCCCCCAGAAAAACUACCAGCUGUACGUUCCAGAGUCUGCUCAGAUUGGAAAAGCUGUGGGUAAAAUUAAAGCCAAUGAUAAAGAUUUGGGCGUUAAUGCAGAGAUGAGGUACAGCAUAACCAAUGCAGAGGGGACAGCCAUGUUCUCCAUCACUACAGACACUGACCAGAAGGAAGGCAUCAUAUCACUAAGACUGCCUUUGAACUAUGAGAAGAGGAAAGUCCACACGCUUCACAUAGAGGGAGUGAACACACACCUGGAUCCACGCUUCUCCCACCUGGGUGCCUUCAAAGACACCACCACCCUCCAGAUCAUCAUCGGAGAUGUGGAUGAGCCGCCUGUCUUUUCCAUAGACUAUUACAUCAUGGAUGUAUACGAGAACUCCCCCGUGGGAACAGAGGUCGGCACAGUGACGGCUCAGGACCCUGACAGUACCAAAAGCCCUGUAAGGUAUUUUAUAGACCACAGUGAAGAGGAGCAGGUGUAUUUCACCAUUGGUUUGAAUAACGGGGUGAUCAAAACCACCCGGAGUCUGGACAGAGAGGAUGUGGCCUGGCACAACAUCACUGUGAUGGCAUCAGAGGUUGACAAUCCGAGUCUCAUCAGCCAUGUUCCUGUAACAAUCCAGGUGUUGGAUGUAAAUGACAAUGCUCCCUACAUAGCAAGAGAUGAUGAGAUCAUUGUGUGUGAAACCUCCAGGGCAGGACAGGUGAUCCAGACAGUGAGGCCAUCAGACAUGGACAACUUUGCAAAUGGACGAUUCUCGUUUGCCCUGCCUAUUGACCUUCCAGUCAAUCCUAACUUCACCCUGAAGGAUAACGAAGACAAUACUGCCAGCAUCGUGGCGCGGAGGCGUCAGUUCAGCCAAUCGGAGCAGGAUCUCUACCAGCUCCCUGUGGUUGUGAGGGACGGAGGAGAGCCUGUCCUGAGCAGCACCUCCACCCUGAGCCUCCGGGUGUGUGUCUGCCAGAGAGGAGGAGGUAGCAGCAGCAGCAGCAGGGUGAAGGCCUGCCGAGUCCCGGCCUUCCUCUCCACAGCAGGCCUGAGCACCGGGGCCUUCGUCGCCAUUCUGCUCUGCAUCAUCAUCCUGCUGGCCAUCGUGGUGCUAUUUGUCAUCCUGCGGAGCAAAAAGGGCAAGAAGGAGCCGUUAAUCAUCUCUGAGGAGGACGUCCGGGAGAACGUGGUCACCUACGACGACGAGGGCGGGGGCGAGGAGGACACAGAGGCGUUUGACAUCGCAGCACUGCGGAACCCCGCCGGGGCGGAAUGGAGGAGGCUGCGACGGGAGGAAAGGCCGGGGACAGAGGGGUGGCUGGUGGCCUGCGGGCCCCAGAGCCCGUCCCUGGUGCUGAUGGAUACAGAGGACAUGCACCAUGUCAUUAGACAGAAAGUGGUGGAAGCUGACAGGGACACCAGCGGGCCGCCCUAUGACUCCCUCCAGACGUACUCGUACGAGGGCCGUGGCUCCCCCACGGGGUCGGUCAGCUCUCUGGGGCUGGCCCAGGUCCUGCCCCCUGAACUCAGCUACAGUGACCUGAAGGACUGGGAGCCGGAGGGUCACACACUGUUUGGGACAGAACUCUCUGAGACAGAACAGACCAUAGCCCCCUAAAACGUAUCUCCUCUUCUAUCCCAUUAAAGGUUAACCUAACAAUACAGAGCUAUUUGAGUUAUACAACUUGUUCCGUUUCGUUGUGGAAUUGACUGUCAUUUUACACUGGGCUCUGACAACUGAAGUGGAGGAAAGUAUUACAAUUUUUGGAGAAAAACAAACCCCCAAAAUCAUGAAGUUGGUAUAAAAAAAAGGUAACUAUUUUCCCUAGUGUAUAUUUUUAUUGAUAAAUAAAGUUCAAUUAUUCCAGAUAGGUGAAUUUAUAUGCAAGUCAUGUGUCAUGAUGUAUAAUGUGUCCAGUUUUGUAGGAGUUGCCUACUUAGUACCGUUGUGGUAAGUAUCUGUGUCAGUAUUCAUAAAGUGUCUCAGAGUAUGAGUACUGAUAUAUGAUCAGGUAUGUCCCCUCUGUCCAUAUUAUCGUGGUCAUUAUGGUCUAAAAGGCAAAACUGAUCUUAAAUCAACACUCCUACUAUGAGACGCUUUAUGAAUACGGGCCCUGUUCUUCUCAAUAUGAUUGCUGACCCCACAGUCUGGAGUACAACUGUAACCUUCCAAGGUCUUUCAACUCUUUCUUUAGUUAACCAAUAUACAUUUGUGUACAGUUACCCAAAACUACAUCAGAGGAGCAGAGCAACUUUUAAUUGGGAAACAACACCAUUCUACGAAUGAUAAUUGGAUCCAAAUGCUUUGGUGUGCAGCUUUUUAUUACUUCCCAGGGAUUUAUAAAUCAGCUGUGAAAAGGUCUUGUUUCCUGCUCAGUCUUGAUCAAUUCCCAUGAGAGCCAGCUCCGUCAAUAAAGCAACAAUAAACCGUUCCUUAAUGUCUUUAAUAAUAACAGGCGAUGAGGGGACUCUUAUUUGAAUUAUUGGGCUAUUUUUACAAUACAAUAUUAAUAAUGGUUUCAUUUUCUUAUAAUACACAUAAAACAGGAAUAAUGAUAAUCAAGUAAGAGCUUAUCCAUUUACUCACACCAUGUCUUAUAUAUCAUAUUGAAAUGAUAAUGUAUCAUGACUCCCACUACUAUCACUUCUUUGAAUAUGAUAAUACAGCUAAACAGCCCAUAAGACCAUUCCACAACUACCUACAAUAUUACACAAUAUGCUGCAUUGCAAACAUUGUGUGUACUUACUCCUUUGAUAAUAACUGUGACCCCAACAAAGAUAAUCAUUCUGUUGUUGUAAUGGUGGUUAGAUUAAGAAUAAUGCAUUACUAUAUAAUUGCAUUCUAUCUGAGAAGGAUGUUUAAAGGCUAUGGAGGGUAAAUAGCAUCUCUGCGGCCUCCACCAAUGUGAUUACUUGUCCAGUUCCUUUUACCCAUAAAGGAAAAAGGAAACCCACCAGGUGAACGGUUAUGACAAUUUUGCUUUAAAGUUGUCGGAUCAACAAAGAGCUGCUGAUAAAAGGAAAAUCCUGGUGAAUCCCAGGGAAUAAAUUCUAAUACGGUAUAGAUUCCUGUAUCUCAGUGUUAGAUGAUGCUAUAUACUGUACUUCCUCAUGAAUUAAAGGGGCUAUCAUGAGUUGCUACAUCGAUUUUUGGACUUAUAAAUUAAAGAUAUGUACCCAUUGAUUCUUGAAGAAUAUACACUACAUGAACAAAAGUA